UGGUGAAAUUUCAGCAGCGGUUUGUGUUCCCUGUCCAUUUUGGUGGAACGAUGAUAGAGCACUGGUGGAGCUCUAACCUUGCUUUUAAAAUCUACAUGAGAAAAAGCACACAGAAAAAGCCAGUGGCCAUUGGCUCAGCAGCACUUCAGUUAUGCAAGGUUAUUCAGUCUGAGUUGCUCACUGUCAGCUGCGAAAUACCUGUGGAAAAAGAGGGAAGUCAGACACAAGUUGGACCACUAAAGGUAUCCUUAGAGCUCGCAGCCGACAACAAAGACUUCACUCGCACCGCUGCCAGGUCAGCUAUAGCUGUGCAACGAGUCCCAGCUCAUGCUCUAAGAAGUCCCCGGCUGGAAUUCCAGGAGCCCAACAGGAAGAGUGUAAAUGCAGAAAGCCCUCCCUGCUUGAAACUUAACAACUACAAGGACUCACAGAAGACAGGAGCAGCCAGCAUAAACAUCGUGCAGCCACCGCAGGCUGUACCAACCUCUGUAGCCCGUAAUCUGAUGACACAAAUAACUGCUUCUGAAGAGGAUGGGUUAUUACUGCAUGUGCUGUUGAUGGUGCCUGAUGGAAAGGAUUUUAUUGCUGAAGACUAUGGGUUCCACAGUUCUUGUAAUGUGUAUUUAAACUGCAAGCUGCUCAGCACUGAGGAGGCAACGAAAUCUGCUGUCGUAUGGGGCACAACGCAACCUGCCUUUAAUUUUUCUCAGGUGAUGCCUUUUUCAUUGACUUCCAAACAUUUGGAGCGGCUGAAGAACAACGUCAUGAUAAUUGAAGCAUGGAACAAGAUGGGAAGCCCUGGCUGUGACAGACUGCUAGGAUUAGUGAAACUUCCUCUGCAUCAGUUUUACAUCUCAUUCAAAGAUCCAAAGAUUUCCCACCUGCUUCUUCAAGCUCAAUAUCCAGUGGUUGCUGUGGACAGCUAUAUGCCUGUGAUAGAUGUUUUUACUGGCAGUAGAAGUGGAAGCCUGAGGGUCAUUUUGGCGAUGGGGUCAGCUGAUCAAAUAGUGGCACUGCAAAGGCUAAAAAAUGAAGAAGGAAUGGUACCUCCCGUCACACAGCGCCCUUCCCACUCUCUGGACCCUCCUCCUACAAAGCUCGCAAUGCAGUUAGACCAAGAAGAGGAAGACCUGAUGGAGCAUGUGUUUGAAAUCCAUGUGGAGAGUGUGAAAGGACUUACUCCCUUACAGUCCACUGUCUGGGGAGAGGCUGACUGCUACGUACAGUACUAUUUCCCAGUUCAAGAGGCUGGUUGUGGUACGCUGCAAGGAACUGAAUUGCAUGAGGAUGGCAUCAAAUUAAAGCCGUUUCGCACAGCAACCACUUUGUGUGUCCCUGAUCCCAUCUUUAAUGAUGAGCAUCAUCAUUCUUUGUUGGUUCCUGCUAAGAGACUCCUGGUCAAUGCAUUUAUGGCACCAGGAGCGGCUGGAGGAGGAAUCCAGUUUGAAGUCUGGUGCAGGUAUUAUUACCCAAAUGUCAGAGACCAGAUGGUUGCCAAAGGGACCCUGCCUUUGUCACGGCUAUGUGCCAUGGUGACUAUGCAGCAUCGUGAAGAAAUAGGGAUACAGACUUUUAAUCUUCCGUUGGUCCCCAGGACUGAUUCCUCAGAGGAAUUUCAUCUGCGGUCUUCAGGCUUGCUUGAUGUGAGUGUGAGAUACCAACGAUCCAUGAAAACAGCAGCUCAAGCUGUUUCUCUUUUUGUACAAAUACACAGAGCAGCUGGUUUGCAAGCAGCAGCUAGAGCUGUGGCACAAAAGAACCCUUCAGUCCAGUACUAUGCAGGUGUGGGAGUUAAUGCUUAUGUCUCUGUGCACCUCUCCUUCCUACCUGAAGCAGAGAGACGCAACACACGAGCUGUGGCUCGUACUUUCUGCCCAGAGUUCGAACACCAUGUAGAGUUUCCUUGUAACCUCAUCAUUCAGAAAAGUAGUGGAGAAGCCUCUUGUCUGGGGGAACUCUUGCAGUCUGCCAGUAUCGUCUUCUCUAUCUACCAUCAGACCACCAAGUCAGCCACUGAGACAUUGGCAGCUCGCUCAUCAAGAGAUUAUCUUCUUGGGACAGUCACAAUUCCAACCAGAGAUCUGCUGAGAAGAAGAUCAGGUAUUACAGGCUGGUACCCAGUUACCUUGUCUGAAGAUUUAAUGCCUUCACACUGCACAAACAUCAUGCAGACCAUUGUGGGAGGACUGGAACUUUCUGUUACCUUUGCUCAUCAGGAUGACAGAGAGCGUGUUUUGGAGGCCGCUAAGCUCUUAGGGUGGGAGGGUGAGGAGAGCCGUGAAGACAGCAUGGAUGAUAGCGAUGAAUGGGAGCAGAGUGCCAGUCCAGCGACUGUGACCAUCUCAACUCCAAGAGUAUGGCUGCCAGUCCACUGUGUGCUGCUUGCAGGCCAGACGCACCUAAAUAAAAGCACUUAUUGCUACCUCAGGUAUAAGCUAUAUAAUCAGGAAGCAACGUGGACUUUGCUUCGGAGACCAAAAUUGAGUGACGACACGAAGAACAUUACAGUGAACUUUAAGAAACCAAACAAGGUGAUUCUCAGAAGGAGCCAAGGACUGCUUUGGUUCUUCAGAGAGGAGAAAUUAGAAAUCCAGGUGUGGUGGGCAUAUGGUAAAGAAAAUGAUGUGGAAAGACCACUUGAUACAGAUCGUCUUAUUGGAUCUGCCUAUGUCGACCUCGCAGCAUUAGCAGAGACGUCAAGGACAACACUAAGUGUUAGUGGGGUUUAUCCAUUGUUCAGAUGCAAUGCUGCAAACCUAGCAGGAGCUGCUGUACGUGUUCACAUCAUUCUUUCUUCCACUUCUGCUGCUCUGCCCAGCAGACUUCACUGUGCUGAGGAAUACAGCAACAGUGAAGAUGAAGACACAGAGAAAGCACCUGAUCUGAGCCAACAGGUCUCUGAAAAUCAGAAUCAGAAACUGGAUAUCAUAAGUUCAGAAAUCACCAAUGGCAAACCACAAGAAGAAGAUGUGACGUUUCUGGAAAACACAGUUGCUGUCAAUAUCCUUGUGGAAAGAGCAAUGCAUCUAAGUUUAAAAGGGAGUCCUUUGACAGAACGUGAAGUAAGAGCACCCAGUUGCUGUGUGUCAUUUGCUGUUGCUGGUGCAGAUGCUCCAAUAACCACAUCAGUAAUAGAAAAUACAUACUCACCGGUCUGGGACUUUCAGCAACAGGCAAGAUUAUCCAAAGAACUUCUGCUGGAUCCACAGCAAACCUUGGUCUUCAAAGUGUGGCAUAAAGCAGAGACUGAGCGAGUGAUAGGAUUUGCAUCAGUGGACCUUUCUCCUCUUCUUUCCGGCUUCCAGCUCGUGUGCGGGUGGUACAAUAUUACGGACUUCAGUGGACAGUGCCGAGGGCAGAUCAAAGUAGCUGUUUCCCCUCUUCAAAACAUAAAUAACCUCAAAGAAGAAAGGCAGGCAAGGAUCCGGACCCAACCAGCGAGUUCUUCAGUGAAGCCCAGCUUUCCAACAUUUCCCAGUAAUGCUACAAGCUUUACCAAGCAGUUGUUUAAUAUCUUACCAAAGGAAGUCAGUGUUCCUACUCGAGAGCGAAUUAGUCCCCCUGGAACACACACGCCUCGUCAUGAAGAGCAUAUGCAGAACGUGCGCAGAUUUCACGAAUCCCUUCAGCAAGCAGAGGGGAACGCACACCAGGCGGCAAAGAUGGACUCAUUAUCGCUAUCAUCACGUGCUGCUCUUCUAACUGCUCUCAGAAAAAACUUGAGUGAGCUGGAUGAGGUUCAAAGAUACUUCAGUCAGAAGCUGACCAGGUCAUUUCCUGACUUCAGUUACGGUAACACAUCCAAACCAAGUCAUGAGGAGCGGGAGAGUGAUCAUCGGGGCUUGAUGAGCAGAGAAGUGGAUUCCAAUGGAGGCCAUUUUUUGGAAAAAUCUAGUCAGUUGGUGUCUCAGGUCAGCAGCCUAAUCAAUGACUUACAGACUAUAACUAAAAAUAGUAAAGAAUCUUCUAAUGUGCAUCAAGACAACAGCAGAAAGCUGGGUGCUGCACAUGUACCCAACCAGAAGGAUGAAGAAGCCAGGACUGAAGUAUGUCAAGGCCAACUUGAGUUGGACUCGCCCAGCGUUUGCAGUGAUACAGAGCAGCCACACUCAUUUGGGAGAUCUGUGUUUGAGAGACACAUGUUGCACGAAUUUCUAGAGCAAGCUGUCCCUGAAGAUGAGCAUCCUUUACCAAUAGACUACAUCCAGGAAGGUGAAGGUGCUUUUGCCAUCCAGCCACACAGUGAAGAAGAAUAUGAAGAAGACAUUAUAGAACCACGAACUCUUAAUGAAAUAACAACCAUAACGGACAAAACCAGUCCCUGGUCCAGUGUGCUAUCUGAAGUGGAGCAGGGUGCUGACCAGCAGCCUGUAGACUUGGGGCCUGAAGAUCAGCACUCUGUGGAUAUAGACUGUUUGCAAAGAGGAAACAGCAGACGGAGUGGCACCUUCUCCAGCAUACUACAAGGUGACAACCAAAGCAUGCUCACCGCCCUAAGCCCAUGUGUUAGCCUCCACGCAGACAAGGGCGUAACAAAAGACUUUCAAAGCUUGAAUAGUGGCACAGAAACAAUGGAGAAGGAGCUGUUUCAGCCUGCUCAUUUGUCAGAAGUGCAUCAAACAGCCAAUGGCCCUGUAGAAAAUAGAAAUUGUGACUGGGAUAGAGCAUUUAACACUAAACCAACAGAGCAAAAUGUAGAGUUUCAUGCAGCCUCCAAAGAACUACUGGAAUUUCCAGGAGAAGUUAGUUUGAUCAAUCCAAAAACCACAGAAAGAGAGGAGGAGGAAAACGGUGAGAUUGUAAGUAAAGAUCGUCAAGACAAGGAAGAAAGUGGUUCCGAUGAGCUCUGCGUUAGGAGUGUAUCAGCCCAAGCAGGCUCGGAAGGAAGUAGUGAAAGCUUUUCUGAUGACAGUAGUGAAGACCCACUGGGAGAGUCAGAAAAGUCUGUCAAACCGACAACUGUUUUAUCUGAUCCUGUUGUUGUUCCCAACUUCUUCCUUCCACCCCAGCAGAUGGAAGCCUCCAUGAGGCUGCUCAGCAUUUCUUCUCAUCCUUCCACAGCUCUGAAAAGCAGAAGCAGAGCAGUGCCAGGGGGCAUCCCGUACCGAAGGCCGAAUCGUCCCAGGCCCACGGCUGAUCUCUCGGAAGAGGAAACGAAAAGAAUCGCCAGGAUCUUCUCUACUCAGCUGUCCAAGAAGGAAUAG